AUGAGUCCUAGAGCCGAGCCCCAACUGCCCGUCUCGUCACUCAGAAUCCCCAAGACCCAGCCUGCUCCGAAUUCUAGCACGGGUCUGUCGAGCGAGUCGCGACCGUCUUGCUCCACCUUUCACGUAGCGAGCACCAAACAUUUCCACGAACAGUUCCUCCAGCAUGGAUACCAUAAACCAACAGUUUUCCUACAUUGCUUAUCAACCAACCCCAACCCAAAGAAAAAAUUAUACUUACCGCGAAUACAUCGUACGAACCACACUCGCCCAGAACAACCUCGAGCACUCGAGCAGCGGAACUGGUUGUGGUAGGUCCAAUAGUGCCUCUUCACUAGACCUUACAUCGUGGAGUAGAUUCGAAUCCCCAGACAUAGUUACCUUGAACGAGAAACAAAACAUAAAUGAUAUGACUGCAGCAAUGGAAUGGGGACCUACCAUAUCCAGUGCGUCCGACUUGCCGCGGCGCAGGCCGAACUGGACCAAUGAUAACGUGUGGUCCCGAAAACGAUCAAUGCGAAGGCUACAGUUCGGCAUCCUGUCUCGAGUGACCCCCAGUAUAAGAGACCGGUGUCGCACCGCAUUGUUGUCCUUGAGACGCACAACAGACGUAAUGUUUGCAUGCGGCCCAUGUGCACUUGCCUUCAGGUUGUGAAUGCACGUAUAUGCGGAGGAGGUUGUGUAAGCCCUUGAAGGUAUAUGGGCCGCUGGAUCAAACAUGCCUACACGAGU